GAGGCCGGGGCGGGGCGGCCCCGACGCGACGCCCCGAGUGGCGGUUGUUUCAAGAUGGCGGACGUGGCAGGCCCCUCCCGCUCGGGCGCGGCGGCGUUCUGGAGCCGGGACUUUUCUGAUGAAGAACAAUCAGUAGUAUAUGUUCCAGGAAUUUCUGCAGAAGGAAAUAUCAGAUCAAGACACAAGAUGGUGAAUCCUAAAGCUGACGUUAAACUUAAGACUUCCAGGGUGACUGCUGCUUCAGUCUCCAUGGAGUCUUUAAAAGGUGCAGGAGAUUCAGUAGAUGAACAGAAUUUCUGCAGGGGAGGAAUAAAGAGUGCAUCACUGAAGGAUUUAUGUCUUGAGGACAAAAGGCGCAUUGCAAACUUAAUUAAAGAACUGGCCAGAGUAAGUGAGGAAAAGGAAGUGACAGAAGAAAGACUGAAAGCUGAGCAGGAAGCAUUUGAGAGGAAGAUCCGCCAGUUGGAAGAACAGAAUGAUCUGAUCAUCAAAGAAAGGGAAGCUCUUCAGCUACAGUAUAAAGAAUGUCAAGAACUUCUAAGUCUCUAUCAGAAAUACCUAUCAGAACAGCAAGAGAAGCUCACCAUGUCUCUCUCAGAACUUGGUGCUGCUAAAAUGCAGGAACAACAGGUAUCCAAUAGAAGAGGCACUCUCCAGUCUUCAUCAGUGGAACUGGAUGGCUCCUACUUGAGUGCAGCCAGGCCGCAAACCUAUUAUCAAACCAAGCAAAAGCCUAAGUCUGCCAAUCAGGACCCAGCUUUAGAAGCCCUUGUGGAAUUUAGGAAUAAUUCUUUGAAACCAGCAGUCCUUCAUUAUCCCAAAGAGAUUGUGGACAAAGUGCCCUCAGAGACCAGAACAUGUAAUCAUGGAUCCCCAGGGAGAAAACUAGCAGAUUCAGUCCCUACAGAGAAAGCUCCACCAGAGGAAUUGAAGGUGAAGGAAUGCCAACGCCCAAAGGCUGCUCCGUCUAGUCAGUGUUGUGGUCAUAGACUUUCUGGAAAUGCAGAUCAUGUUCAUGAGAGCCAGCCUACAAACAUGGCCCCUCGGCAUUCCAAGACAUAUCCAGAAUCGUGCAGUUACUGUGGGCUUUCCUGUGUGUCUCCGAUGCAUGGCCAAGGGGCACUGCAACCUAGUGAAACUGAAAUCAAAAAGCAGCUCUCAGAAGAUAGAAGGCAGCAACUUAUGCUUCAGAAGAUGGAGCUGGAAAUUGAAAAGGAGCGCCUUCAGCACCUGCUGGCCCAGCAGGAGACAAAACUUCUCCUAAAACAGCAGCAGCUUCAUCAAUCUAGACUGGAUUAUAAUUGGUUAAGAACUCAAGCUGAAUUUAAGUCAAGAGAACUGGUUGCUCAUAAAGAGAUUACUAGACCCCAAGAGCUCAAUCUGGAAAUGAAUGAGAGUGACUCUGGACCAAGUUUAUUGAAGUCAAAAUGUGAUGGCUGGAUGCUUGGAACAUCACCAUCCAUCAAAAAUUAUCAAGACUCCACAAACAAUGGAGAGAAUAGAAGGGAGAAGACAGUUGGGUUUCAGUCACAUAUGGAAGAUAAUGCCCCAUGGACAUGUCAAAAGAAAGAUACAUGUUGGCCCCAAAGAGUAGCGAAUACUACAGUACUACAUAGUCUGUGGUUGAUUAAAUCUGAGGAUGCUGAAAAACUGCCCAUACAGGAGCCAACUAUAAGUCAUACUAGAAUUCACCACCAUGUUGUUCAGUGGACAAUGGCAGGAGUUAGGAAAGAUGCAUCCACAUCUCCAAUGAAAACAGGAAGCCAAAAGGAGCUCGUUAUCACAACCACGUCAUCAUUGCAACAUGACACCCCCCGGUAUGAGACCUCUCUGUUGGAUCUGGUUCAAUCUCUGAGUCCAAAGACUGCUCCCAAACUUCCACUGCGCUCCUCCGGAGAAGGUGGCUCAUGGAAUCACAGCACUUGCCGACUCAGUCCUCCGAAAUCUACCUGGAACAAGCCCAGGGCAGGCAGGACCCCUGAAGACCUGGAGGAAAAUCAAAUUUUAGAAGAUAUAUUUUUCAUCUUACACUGAAGCACAUACUGCAGAAUUUCCGUCCGAAAUGAGUGGAUGUCUUUAUAUACUGAUCUAGGAUUUAAAAUUAUUCGACUUUAAUGUAAUUGUGUCUCUCCUUUCACAGGGGCCUAUCUCACUAGCCUCCUGUGUUGCAUCAAAUAUAGAAAUCAUUCUAACAA